ACCCACGCUUCUCUCAACAAACCACCGUCCACUCGCCUCUUCGAUUUCGCAGUCCUUCAAUAUCGAGACCAGUUCGUCGUACUAGGCUCUUGUGGGAGGCGAAAGGACACCUCGCUCGUAGCACGAUAUCACGAAGACGGCAUCAAAGACGCUAUCCUUGAGUGCCGGGUCCACGUCGUAGUCUGCAUAAGCAGACCUGACUCUAAUGGUCUCGAUGUCGGUCAAUUGUUUCAGCUUGAGGGCAACAACGCCUCCACAGGCAGCCUUCUGAACCCAAUGAAGGUCCUUAUGGGUCAAGGGACUGCGAUCUAUACGAAGGUCGAUGUCGGCAACUUGGUCGAAGGUGACAAGCCAGCCGAAGAACUGGGACUCCACGGCAUAGUCCUCAUUAAUGCGGACAAAUGUGUGAGGUGGCAAGGGUGA